UGCAGCUUACUUGCUUCGUAAACACCGCUUACGUAACGCGUACGCCCGGUUUGACAGCCCGCAUUUGCAUGACACACUUUUUAAAAUUCAUCGUUUUAUCUAAAUAUUAAAUAUUAUCUAUUCAAUCUUUAAUGAUUUCGCACUUUUAAGUUAGCUUAAUUAUAAACUAAUUAGUUGAGUAAAUUUAUUUUAAAUAAACUACCUACCGUUUGUCUAUUUUUUUGAUUUCGCGCUAAAAAUUAUCAUAGAUUAAAAAGACAGAUAAUAACUUUUUUAUUGCAUUGUCGGGCCGGGUCUUUGGCAAAUUUAAUUGAUAAAUAGUAAAUUAUGUGUAGAACAAUGUGUGUUUUUAUUAUUGAGUGCAAAAGUGAUGUGUGUGUUUUGUGAAGGCUUGCCAUAACUUUAGCACCAUCUGUCGAAAAGGUGGAGGGCGACGCGAGAGCGAGGCGUGCGCGUGCGGGCGGCGCGCCCCCGCCGCGACCGCGCCGUCGCACGCCCCGCACCCGCUGCGUGCGCUCGAUGACAUGCCGCCGGUACUCAGAUCAAACCCGUUGUACACAGAGGAGGAGGAACAGGAGGUAGUCAUAAUUGUGGACUCCCUAGAACCCGAAGAUGUAGUGGAGGUCGGGGAGGAGCCGUGCACUCCUAGACGGGCGCCUUCUACCUCUUCAGGUAGCCAAUGUUAUGGCAGCGGUGCAGGUAGCCACGGUCGGGUGUCUCCCAAUUUACCAAAGAAUGAGCAAUACGACCCGGAGCCGAUACGAUUGUCGGAAGAUAAAAAUGGAUCUCAAAGCCCCUCCGAUUCUGAUGGUACCCCACCGUGCACUCUAUCUAGAAGCCUGAAAGAAGAUAUCCGCUCCUGUUUAGGAGGCUGUCGCUGGGAAAAGGACGUAAACCAGGUAGUAGAAGCAGCAGUACGAGGGGCGGGCGGUAUGAGCGCAGCCAGGGCCCGGCUACAUGCGGCCCUGCUUGCACUGCAUGAGCCGUCGGUCCCUAACCGUGGGCCCUCGCUGCCGUACUGCGGGCCUGGCGUGCGACCUGGUGACGUCACCAUGAUGCCGAAAUCGACGGGAAUGUCAUUGUUGGCGGCCAGCGCCCUUUUCACUCUGGACGGAGCAAGAGGCGAGGAACUAUCCAGACGUCUGGCCCGCGGUCAAAAGCGGCGAAGACGCUGCCGAGCGAUUCUAGCCCUUCUUGCCUUGCUAUUACUGCUCGUUGCUGUUGGCGCUGUUGAGCUGCUGAUGUCGAGAGGCCAGCGCGUGUUUGGGGCUGUACUUCGAUGAGUAUUGAGCGACACCACUGCACAGGCCAACAUGGAUUCCAAAACAAAAACAUUUUUAUAUUGUUUUGUGAUUAAUUAACAAUAAGUCAUUAUUAUUAGUCGAAUAGAAAUAAUUUUAGUAUUGGGAAAUAUAUACCAAUUAAGUUUAUAUGGAACGUAUUUCAAAUAUUGAGGAUUUUAUU